GCAGCCACCACCCAGCAUGGCUGAGAAACCCCAAAUCCAGCUCUUCGUCAAGGCAAGCGAGGACGGGGAGAGCAUGGGCCACUGCCCCUUCUGCCAGCGGCUCUUCAUGGUGCUGCUGCUCAAAGGGGUGCCCUUUACCCUCACCACUGUGGAUGUGAAGAGGGCACUGGACGUGCUGAAAGACUUUGCACCAGGUGCCCAGCUGCCCGUUCUGCUCUACAACGGAGACCCCAAGACCGACACUGUCAACAUCGAGGACUUUCUGGAGGACAGGCUGGCCCCCCCCCAUCUGUGCUCACAUCCCCACAGGUUCCCCAGCCUGGUCCCACAGUACAAGGAAUCAAGGUUGGCUGGAAAUGACAUCUUCCACAAGUUCUCCACCUUCAUCAAGAACCCAGUGCCUGCCCAGGAUGAGGCACUGCAGCGAAGCCUGCUGAGGGCCCUGCUGAAACUGGAUGAGUACCUGAGUGCCCCCCUGGAGUAUGAGCUGGCCCAUGAGCCCCACCUUCAGACCUCCCAGCGCCGCUUCCUCGACGGGGACCAACUCACGUUAGCUGACUGCAACCUGCUGCCCAAGCUCAACAUCGUGCAGAUUGUCUGCCAGCAUUAUCGCCACUUUGGAAUCCCCAAGGACCUGCGGGGUGUGUGGCGCUACCUUAACAACGCCAGCGAAACCAAGGAGUUCAAAUACACCUGCCCCAACAGUGAGGAGAUAGUUCAGGCCUAUCGCUCCGUGGUCCGGUCUCCGUAGUGAGCCGGGCAAACACCCAGGUGGGCACAGGGAUGGGGCCAGGCAGCAGGCCAGUGCCUGCCCCUGUCCCACUGCCAUCACCACUGUCCUGCCUGAAUUGCACUCGGGAGGGCAGAGAGCAUGAGCUGCAUCCCUGGUACCCAAAUUUCCCCAAGCUGGCACCCUUGCUUGCCUGAGGUGCUAUCAGCAAGCUGCCUUGCACCAAACCUGCAAAUGCAUUCUCGCUUCUUGUGUCACCCUCCCUGCCUGGCCAGGACACUCUUGACCUACCCUAUGAUCCCUCAAGCACAAGGAUGGGUGCAAAGGUACAGCCAUGGGCACCACUUGUAACAGAGCUGGGCAACGCUGAGGGUAAUAGCAGGAGCCGAGCCUCAGUUUGGGGAGGAAAAAGUCUGCCUAGGGCAGAGAGCCCAGAGCAGAGAGGGUAUCCCUGCAGCCUCCCUCAGAGGCACACUGUGCCACCAGCCAGGUGAGGGACUCAAGACAUGGCUGUGCCAGGACAGCUGGCACCACCUGAUGCCUGCGAAGAGCAGCACAUGGUGAGGGGAACUGGCACAGCCAUGGCAAAACCCUGGGAAUGGAGCUGUGGGAAUGCUAUUGGUGGUGCUGAUGACCUUGCCCUCUGUCCCCAUUGCCCUGUGCGAGGGGAGCAGAGGGCACUGUCCCUCCAGGACCCGCUCCUUGGAAGCUCUCUGGAGAAGAUUUGGGACAGGGAUGGGGAUGAAGUGGGGAAAGUCCAAGCCAUGUAUCAGAGCACCUGAUAAUCAAUAAAGGCUUUGCAAGCAA